AUGAAGCUGCUUAACACUUUCAAGGUCUCUCACCUCUAUAUGCACGUCAGCAUACCCCAGGAUUAUGGACUUUUGGCUGUGAUAUGCAUCUGCACAACAGUUUAUGGCAUCAUUCCAGCUAUAAUAUCGAUUCUUAUGGGUUUGGUAUUCGAUUUACUACGGAAACCUGAAAGUCACCACUUCAACGACGUCAAUGAUCUCAUGCACCACCUAACGCUCAGAAGUAUGGCUAUUUUGAUAACAGGUGUGGCCAGCGCUCCCGUUUGCUGGCUUUCCAUUUCAGCAUGGAUGUCUCUGGGCGAAAGACAGGCAUUCAGAGUCAGACGCAAGUUACUACAGUCGUAUCUGGAAAAGAGCAUGAGUUGGUACGAUUCAAACGAGCAGCUCUCGGGAGAAUUUACUCAGCUAAAUAGAUGUGCAGAAGAAUUUCGAUCAAGCUCUGCCGAAGCUUCUGCCAUCAUCUUUCAAAACCUGGUAACAGUCAUUGCUCUUCUAGGAACAGCCUUCUACUAUUCCUGGUCACUUACUUUGGUCAUUAUCGCGAACUCUCCGCUUGUCAUUGGGUUCGCUAUCUUGUGCUCGCGUAAAGUGGAAAAGUACGGGAAGCUCGAAAAUACCGAGACAUCAAAGGCGGCAGGCAUCGUAGCAUGGUCAGUCAAUGCAGCCAGAAUGAUACGAUUGCUGGGUACGCAAGACACCGAAGCCAGAAAGUUUCAGACCAGCGUCCAAAAAAGUCGCCAACAUUUCAAUGACACUGCCCUCUUUUCCUCCCUCAAUUACUCUGUUCUCCGUUUCUUAACACUUUGUAUGUUCGUGCAAGGGUUUUGGUACGGGAACGUACAAAUCAGAGCGGGUCACCUCAAGCCUGGAGAUGUGAUCACUUGCUUCUCGUCCUGUAUUCUAAUGGCGAGCACCCUAAAUACCACUCUUCAUCAAAUCAUCACACUCCAAAAAGGUGCGAUCGCCUUACGGAAGGUGUUAGAUUUCAUCGAGACUCCUGAUGCCCAUAAUAAAGAAAAGCUGAUUUUGAACCAACCUUUUAUCCCAGUAUCUUGGUAUGGGAGCUCUGUUGUGCUCGAGAACGUCACUUUCUCUUAUCCAACCAGGCCGAACGAUCUAGUGCUAAAAAACGUCAGCUUGAAGUUUACUGCUGGCCAGCUGAACUUCAUUGUCGGGAAAUCAGGAUCAGGCAAAUCAACCAUCGGAAACAUUAUACUCAAGCUUUACGAGCUAGAAAGUGGCAGUAUCAAAGUAGAUGGAGUUGACACAAGACAAAUUGAGCAGCACUCUCUACUGCGAAAUGUCACUUUAGUGGAACAAACUACUUCACUUUUUAACGACACACUGAGGAACAAUAUACAGAUGGGAGCUACAGUGUCUGAAAGAGACGAAAAGCUGGUCAAACAGUCCUGUCAAAUGGCUAUGCUUGAUACUGUUGUGAGAGACCUCGCAAAAGGCUUGGAUACCCUUAUUGGUAACUCGGGCACUGACCUAAGCGGCGGCGAACGGCAGCGUGUCGCUAUUGCAAGAGCUAGGUUCAGAGACGCACCGAUACUAAUACUGGACGAGGCUUUGAGCGCACAAGAUCGCGUACAUAGAAGUCUUCUUAUGGAAGCUAUAAGACGCUGGAGAAAAGGCAAAACGACUAUAAUCUUGACCCAUGAACUAGGUGACAUCUCAAAGUCAGAUUACGUUUUUUUGAUGGACGAUGGUGAGGUGAAGGAAAAAGGCUUCAAGUGCGACUUGCUACAUUGUGCGUCAUCCAAGUUUUCUCAAUUGAGCAGAUUUCAAGACUGCGAGGAGGAUGAAGGUGACGUUGAAACCUUAAAGGGAUACGAGAUGUCUGAGCAGAAGCUCAAGUUCAAAGACAUCCGCGUUGAUGUCGAGGAACUAUACUCAGAAAUGGGCUCACCAUCGACUCAAAAAACAUGCAGCGUUUUUGAAGCCGAAGAUUUGAGCGAAACAGGAAAUUUCCUGAGAAACUCCGUUGAUCUGCUGCAGUCUAACAUCAUGAUUCCACCUCGCAAGAAAAAAUCUCAAGCGAUCACAAGGGUAGAUCUGACGUGUAUUGAUUCGAUGAAUCAAACUCAGGCUUCUGAUGAUCUUGAGAAGGGUAAAACUGAACUGCCACUUCUUAGUCUGAAGCAAAUUAUGCGCAAGCUUUUUUGCCAUCUGCAUGAUGGAAAGCUAUUUUUCACCGGAGUUCUCGCUGCUCUUCUGGCUGGUCUUGCCAAUCCCGUAUUUUCGUACACGUUCUCCAGGCUAUUGAGUGGAAUUGCUUCGUCUGCUCCAAAGUCGAAGGCAAAUGCUUUCUCAACAAAAUGGUCAUUGAUAGUACUUCUGAUAGCACUGCUGGAUUCGAGCUUCAAUUUCUUGAAGUGUUAUCUCCUCUCGAGAAGUAGCGAAACUUGGAUUAAGAAUUUGCGAAUUUCGGCGUUCAGAAGCAUCGAGAAACAAGAUAUGAGCUGGUUCAACUGUGACCUCAAUAGCACAUCCAAGGUUUCGUCAUUGAUAUUGAACGAUCUUAGAGAUCUGAGGGCUUUGGCAUCAGAAUUUCUAGCAGCAUUGACAACCUUAUUGAUAGUGUCUAUAUGUGGUUUGGUAUGGGCUCUGGUUUCGGGGUGGAAAUUGAGCUUGGUGUGCAUCUCCCUGAUCCCGAUCUUCGUAGUUUUCUCCGGAUUUUAUGGUGGAUUGCUGCAAAAGCGUGAGACAGACUACAAGACAAGUAUUGCUGCUCUAGAAGAUCACUUUUACAACGCUGUCACCAACAUUAAAACUGUGAGGUGCUAUCAAUUCGAAAGCACCGUGAUCCGUGAGUUCACUACAUUAGACUUAUCAGCAAGGAAUUUGGGUCGCAAAAGGGCCAUCGGGACAGGUUUUGGGGUGGCUGCGUCCAAUGCACUUACUUUCAUGACACAGGCCAUUUUGUUAUAUUAUGGCCUGAAGCUGGUAAUCACAGGAGAGUAUACUUCUGGCAAGAUGCUUCAGACAAUUACACUUUUACUCUUUACCAUCAUGACCUGCAUGUCAUUGAUAUCUCAGGUUCCCGAAAUAAGCAGGGGCCAAAGAUCAGCUACGUACAUUUUCCAGAUCCUGGAGGCACAAGAUACUGGUUCACAUCGCCACGCUGCGAAACGUACAUCGAGUCAGUCGCUGGACAGUGCGAGUCCUCUGAUCAGAAUUGAGCACCUUCGGUUCUCUUAUCAUACUACAAAUACCUCGGUGUACCGAGACUUAUCCAUAAAAAUCAGCGAAGGAGAAAAGGUCGCAUUUGUUGGACGGUCUGGCUCUGGGAAAUCUACCUUGUGGCAGCUAAUGGCACGUUUGUACCCUAUCACAAAUGACAGUGUUUGGGUUGAUGGUACUGACAUCAAUAAUUGGGAUGCAGGUGCCCUGAGAACUCAAAUCGCCGUGGUUGAGCAACAGCCGCAAAUGUUUCCUGGCUCGUUGAUUCAAAACUUGACUUAUGGUCUUAACCGAGAAGUGUCCGAUCGGGAAAUCGAGGACUUGUUGGAACUAGUAGGAAUGAGGGACUUCGUGCGCGGGUUACCUGAUCAAUUGCAUGCAGAAAUUGACACUCAACUAAUUUCCGGAGGACAGGUCCAACGAUUAGCGAUAGUCAGGGCACUAUUACGAAGGCCAAUGAUCUUAAUACUGGAUGAGUGCACAUCGGCUUUAGAUGCGCACCAUAGCUCUAUGAUGUCAGACGUCGUCAAAUACAAACUACAGGGCAUAACAACAUUGGUCAUCACACAUAGCGAGCAGAUGAUGCGGGCGUGUAGCCGAAUUGUGACUUUCUCUAAGGGCGCAAUUGUCGAGGAUGGAACCUUUGAACAAUUGCAGCGUCAAAAGGGUGAGCUGUUCCAUAUCCUUUCAGCAAAUGAAUCAUAG